CAAACAUGGUACCUCCCAAGAAACGUCAGUAUCGCAAGCGGUCAGUGGACCAGGACCCUUCAAACCCGCCCCAAGAAGAUCCUGACCCCACAGAAUUGGAAGAGAAGGCAGAGGAUGUGAGCGCGGUUGUACAAGAAGCUCUGGAAUUGAGGCGAUUUCGCCGUCGUGCCGCUGGUUUGGAUACAGCUGAUCUGAGCCGUGGGGACAAGAGGAAGAAGAAGGAGAAACCUGUGAAUGAUGACCCAUGGAAACUAAAAACGGGGGGCGGAAUCAUUAAUAUCGAUGAUGUUCGCGGUCGAAAUUUUGGUGAGGACGGGCGAGGCGGGGGUGGCGGCGGAAGUUUCGCAACUGCCAGCAAUGUCAUGGAUACGGACCGACAUAUGAGAGAAUACAUUGAACAAGAACUCCGCAAGCGGCGAGGUGCGUCAUCAUCAGAGGCAGGUGGUGCCGAGCGAACUGGUGAGAAUGGAGCACCAAAAGAUAUACAGGAUGAGCUGUUCGAGGUGCCGGAACAUUUGAAGACUGUCGAGAAACCCGUUAGCGAGGGGAACGUGACACUGUCGACUUCAAUGCUCACCGCAAUUCCAGAGAUCGAUCUAGGAAUAAACACAAAACUGAAAAACAUCGAGGCGACUGAGAGAGCCAAACGACAACUCAUUGAACGUACCGCAGACAUUGCAUCAGAGAGAUCGAAAUCUGAUUCUCCAAUACCCGGGAAUGAAUUUGCUGGGGCCAAUAUGGUUGCAUCUGACCGAUGGCAACGCUUUCCGUAUCGACGAGAUGAUCGUGAUCAGGAGGCAAAAACUGCGGCACAAGGAAAUAUGGAGAGAUCAGGAGGAACACGCAAAGGCGAUGCAGAGAAGAAGUUGGACCGAAGGACAAUGGCAACAGAUGAAGUGGUCAUGGAACGAUUUAAGAAGCGUAUGCGAAGAGGGUGAUUUUGUGAUAGCGAAGAAUAAUGUAUCAUAGAUAUUCACUAUUUAUACUGAGUGAGAUGUAAAUAGAGUACUGUUUGAGGGAAAGAGUUGGUGUUCAACCAUUGAAAACGCAGGGUAUGUAUGAAUAACGGAAGUUUAAA